CGUCACCUGUGCCGCCUCUCUCUCUCUCUCGGUUCCGGGUUCGUUCGCCUCAGUGGUGGCGUCGGAGGGCUGAAGGCUGGCGUUCUGUCCGGUUUCCGGACCCGUCUCUAUGGUGUCGGAGGGAGCAUACCCCCCGAAGAUUUGUGGGUGUAGUGGCCACAGCCUCACAGGGUAGGCGAGGGUGGCUGGUGUCAACAGGGGGCGAAGAGGGGACCGGAGCCAAGACCCUCGGCCGCCUCCCCCGCCGGCCUCCCGCAGAAUAAAGAUGAAACAUUUCUCGGAAGAGCGUGUUUAGGAAACCAUGUGAAUACUGAGUCGGGUCCUGAAUUCUGGAAUCACCGUUACUGCUGUUUUUAAGGACCUGUGUGCGUACCCACGUAACAUUUCGAAUCCUAGCUGAAAUCAUACUUACUUGUUUUGGUCCGUAAAGGCGUCUUUACGUAUUGCUGGUCAGCUAGCAAUGCUGGACUGAGUUCAUUACAGAGAACGUGUACUUGAAACAGAUCACAGCAAAGGGCCCGAGUAAUGUUAGCACCAGGUAACAAAGUAUCGAUGAGUAUAGGGCGUCCUUAGAACUCACGAUGCAAGCCUUUAUCUUUGGAACCUCAAGCUAAGAGAGCUAGAACCAAGAUCAUCUCGAUUAAUUGCUGUGGAAGAACAGAGGGAGAGAGAGUUCCCCAGAUGACAUCGAUUUCUUAGUAGGAGUUGCCCGGUGACCUAGACAAGCGCUUGCAUAAUCCACAGGUGGCCCAGAAAUGUGAUGUGCUGCCCAAGGAAGCUAAAGGGUGGAGGAAGGUGGAGGCUUAUGUGUGCAGGUGUUUUCCUCCUUCCUCAGCUGUGCCGGGCCUCCCGGCGGAAGGCAUGGGCUCGGAGAGCAGCGCCCUGAAGAGCUACGCGCUGACGGAGCCCGCGUUCACCCUGCCGGCCGGCCUGGCCGUGCACCCCGCCGCGCUGCAGGAUGGCCGGCGCGCCUCGGUCUUCGUGUACCGGAGAGACCACGAGGACCGCGUGAACAAGGCCGCCAAGCAUCUGAAGACACUUCGUCACCCUUGCCUGCUGAGAUUUUUAUCAUGCACCGUGGAGGCGGAUGGGAUCCAUCUGGUCACCGAGCGAGUGCAGCCUCUGGAAGUGGCUUUGGAAGUGCUGUCUUCGGCGGAGGUCUGUGCCGGCAUCUACGACGUACUGCUGGCCCUCGUCUUCCUUCACGACAGAGGGCACCUGACACACAACAACGUCUGCCUGUCAUCUGUGUUUGUGAGUGAGGACGGCCACUGGAAGCUGGGGGGGAUGGAGACCGUCUGCAAAGUUCCUCAGGCCACACCCGAGUUUCUGAGGAGUAUUCAGUCAGUAAGAGACCCAGCAUCUAUCCCUCCUGAAGAGAUGUCUCCAGAAUUCACAACUCUGCCAGAGUCACAUGGACAUGCCCGGGAUGCCUAUUCAUUUGGGACAUUGGUGGAAAGUUUGCUCACAGUCUUAAGUGGACAGGUUUCAGCGGAUGUUCUCUCCAGCUUCCAACAGACCUUGCACUCAACCCUGCUGAAUCCCAUCCCCACAUGUCGGCCGCCGCUCCGCACCUUACUGUCCCAUGACUUCUUCAGGAAUGAUUUUCUAGAAGUUGUGAAUUUCUUGAAAAGUUUAACGUUGAAGAGUGAAGAGGAAAAAACUGAAUUCUUCAAAUUCCUGCUGGACAGAGUCAGCUGCUUGUCCGAGGAGUUGAUCGCCUCGCGGUUGGUGCCUCUUCUGCUUAAUCAGUUGGUGUUUGCAGAGCCAGUAGCCGUUAAGAGUUUUCUGCCUCAUCUGCUUGGCCCCAAAAAAGACAGCGCGCGGGGAGAAGUGCCUUGCCUGCUGUCGCCGGCCCUGUUCCGGUCGCGGGUGAUCCCUGUGCUGCUGCAGCUGUUUGAGGUGCACGAGGAGCACGUGCGGAUGGUGCUGCUGUCUCACCUGGAGGCCUACGUGGAGCACUUCACUCCGGAGCAGCUGAAGAAAGUCAUCCUGCCACAGGUCUUGCUGGGCCUGCGUGAUACCAGUGAUUCCAUUGUGGCAAUUACUCUUCAUAGCCUAGCAGUGCUGGUGUCCUUACUUGGACCAGAGGUGGUUGUGGGAGGUGAAAGAACCAAGAUCUUCAAACGCACUGCCCCAAGUUUUACUAAAAUGGUGGACCUUUCCCCAGAAGGUGAUCAAUAUUCUCAGCCUAUCAAAUUCCCCAUGAACGGACUCUCCGACGUGAAAAGUACCUCAGGAGACCGUGAAAACUUCCCAUCAAGUUCUAAGAAGUCUGAGGAGUGGCCCGACUGGAGCGAGCCAGAGGAGCCUGAAAACAAAGCUGUCAGCAUACAGAUUGGUCCCGCGGAACCCCGCGAUGCCUCCACGUCCCCGCUCCCUAACUUGAACACGGAGGAGGCGUCAUGGGAUGACUUUGAGCCCAGCAGCUUAGACAGUGAAACAAACGCAGGAGGAGGAGUCCCCGCUGUGAGACCUGGGGCCGCGGGGGGACCUGAGCCCAUUCCUGCCUUGUUUUCACUCACUGAAGAGCCCAAGCCUUCGAAACCCGGCCUGUGCCAGAAGGCCGGUCUUGCGCCAAGCAGGGAUGACCCAGGCCACACCGAGCCCCCAAAAGUGUCACCAGAAGGACGCCUCAAGGUUCCAUCUGAACUGGGUUUAGGAGAGGAGUUCACCAUUCAAGUGAAAAAGAAGCCAGUACGAGAUCCAGAGUUGGACUGGUUUGCGGAUAUGAUCCCAGAAAUUAAGCCUUCGGCUGCUAUUCUCAUUUUGCCUGAACUGAGGACAGAAAUGAUGGUUUCCGGCAAGGAUGACGUCCCACCAGUGAUGCAGUUUUCCUCGAAAUUCGCUGCAGCAGACCUUACCGAGGGAGAGUCCGAAGGCUGGGGAGACGAAGGGGAGCUGAACUGGGAAGAUCACAACUGGUGACAACGGGCGGAACUUUAGGGCAAAGGAUUUCUUUAAAAAAUCCAACUAAUACCUCAAAAGCGGGCUCUGCAGACCGGAAAACCCAGAAGCACCAUUUUCCCCGCCUGUGCCAACUGAAGCGUGAGCCCCCGAGUGGCGGCGGGCGCCCCGGCACCGGUCCUGUGGAGGGGCCUGAGCGCGUCUGCCCGAGGCCAGUUUCUGUGAAGGGCAAGCAGCCGUGGAAAGGUUGAAUUCACUGCUUGUUUUCCAGGACAAUUCCAGAGGUAAAGAAAAUAAAUACAAAAAUUCAAGCUGAUUAGCUUAAUUCUGUGCCAUUUCUUUAACAGAAGAGUAAGCUUUACGAGAUACAACUUACUGAAAAAGUUUUAGCUAUAAAGUAUAUAAAUGAUUUUAGAUUGCUGAGGUUUCCUUAGGCAGCUUAUUUAUUUGUUUACAGAUGUACGAGUGAGGGGCCCUGUGGGGACCUGGGCAGUUCCUGACUGUUCCACAUGUAUCACGUUGUACCAAAGCUCUUCAUGAGAAACCUCCCCCCUCGACCUGUUCUCUAAAUAAAUGUCCAAUAAAGACUAUUUUCGCUAGA